CCUUCCUUGGUUGCAAAGGGUUUUCAGUACUAAUGGACAACAACAUACAGACAGUGUAUUCCAUUACGAUUCAAGUGUACAAGUUCGAAGGCAAACAGAAAAAACAAAGAAAGGCCUACGUGACCGUAAUGCCACGGUUCAUCUCAUGAACAUUAGCACAAAAAGCUAUGGCUUUCCUCUAUAAAAGAGUUCCAAUUCUUUCAUAAUUCACAUCAUCUAUCGCUGAGCGUAUAGUAUCGAAAGCUUAACAAAAGUUUGCUUAUAUGGCAUUCAAGUCUAUAUUUUCAGUAGCAUUAUUGCUAUCUUUAGUGACACUGCUUCUGGCUGUUGGGUCAAAUGCAGGUGGAAUUGCUAUUUAUUGGGGCCAAAAUGGAAAUGAAGGCACAUUAGCACAAACAUGUUCUUCAGGGAAUUACCAAUUUGUGAACAUAGCUUUCCUUUCAUCAUUUGGUAAUGGCCAGACCCCUAUCAUAAACCUUGCUGGUCACUGUGAUCCAUCCACCAACGAAUGCACCAAGUUAAGCCCAGAUAUCAAGUCAUGCCAAGCCGAAGGCAUCAAGGUCAUACUCUCCAUAGGAGGAGGUGCUGGGAGCUAUUCUCUAGCUUCAUCUGAUGAUGCCCGACAAGUUGCUAUGUACUUGUGGAACAACUUCUUGGGAGGACAGUCGUCAUCCAGGCCGUUGGGAGAUGCUGUUUUGGAUGGAGUUGACUUUGAUAUUGAAGGAGGAACUGAUCAACAUUGGGAUGACCUCGCUAGGUACCUUUCUGGUUACAGCAAGAAGGGCAAGAAAGUUUACUUGACUGCUGCUCCACAGUGUCCCUUUCCUGAUGCUUAUGUUGGAAAUGCACUAAACACAGGCCUCUUUGAUUUUGUUUGGGUACAAUUCUACAACAACCCUCCUUGCCAGUACACUUCUGGUGAUGUUUCAAAUCUCGAAGAUGCUUGGAAGCAAUGGACUUCUGCCAUUCCUGCACAUAAGAUUUUCUUAGGACUUCCUGCUGCACCUCAAGCUGCUGGCAGUGGAUUUAUUCCUGCAGCUGAUCUCAACUCACAAGUCCUUCCGGCUAUCAAGAAUUCGGUAAAAUAUGGAGGUGUCAUGCUUUGGUCCAAGUAUUAUGAUGAUCUAGAUGGAUACAGCUCUUCCAUCAAGAAUGAUGUCUAGAAUGUAAUUAAAAAAGGAGCCUUGUGUAGUAUGUACCUUCACCACCAUAUAUAAACAGAGCUCUUAUAU